AAGUAUACCCGCCCUUUCAGAUCAAUAUCAGUAUCAUUUGAGUGCUCUGUCACAUAAGAGCACAAAAACUAGCGAAAUUAAAAUGAAAGGUCAAGCUAACUAUGUAGCAAAUCAUAAGAGUAUGUAAAAGUUAAGAUUGUUUAGCAAAAGUUACCUGAACUACUGAGCUUUCAAAACACCGAAUUUUUUAAAAUGUGCACCAGUGCCCUUCAUCGACUUAUCCUGACUACAGAGCGAAAAUACUCGUUUCCAUUUGGCAAGCAAAAUGGACCGCUUAACGCCGUCGUGUGUCAGUCGAUUUCCGGUAUCAUUCCUGCAGCUUGAGUCUAAAAAAUUUGAUUUUGAAAUGUCCUAUGACCCAGAGUUGCACCGGCAUCCGGUGUUUGUUUAUCCCUGUUUGAUGACGGCAGCGUAGUCAUAAGCGGCCGUCCCAGUGUCCCUAUUCUUUAUCGACAAUUCGCCUCAAAUAUUUAAACCUACGUAAGAAUCGAAACUUGGCGAAAUUUUCGGGAACAAGGUGAGCACCCAUACCUGGCAGUCUUCACUCGAAAGUUUGCUCGUCAUCAUGCGUGAUAACGUUUUCUGUUCGUCAGUACUGCAUCCCUACUUAAGGAAUAUCUUCUAUUUGAGGGUAUGUUAAUUGAUUUCGUGAAUUUUCGCGCCUUCUGUAGGUUGUGUAGACAGGACAGUUUAAAGGAUUCCCGUCUGUAGGCAGUGAUAGACGUUUAUUUGUAAAUCAGUUUUCGAAGGAAGGGAAGCUGGGUAAGGCAUCAGAACUGAUCUCAGUUUAUUCAGCACAGACAAGUUUUUCGACACCUUCAUACAGCGUCUCCCGUGCAGCUUUUGUGGCUAGCUUCGAGGUGAUUGUCAACCGCUUACCGUCCUCCUGGUUCAUAACACUAACGUGACUGUUGACCCAACUUUGCAGACUUUGGACUACCUGCCAUGCAGAGCACACCCUGCAUCCGGUUAUCGCCAUAGCUUGGUAUUUUCGUGUGAGUCUUUUUUGGAUUUUCGACCUCGAGUUCUUUCUCAGCCUUAUCGAGUAUUCGAUACUUUGACCAGCACAAGUCCACCACUGUUCCACGAGGUCGACGCAGUAGCAGUUUGGCCAUUAAUAUGUUAGUAGUGAAGUAGACUUGCGAAACCUCUGCCUCUAUCCCCCUUCCCUCAACCACCAUGCCCCUGUUGAUGCCCGUGGGGUACAUCGACUGACAAACCAGAAUGGCCUUCCUUUGUGUCACACGUACUUAUUCCUACUACACAAAAGCCAGGCUUCAAGGGAGUCUCCGGUCUCACAGGAGCGAGGUGCCAUAAAGGCCACACAGUUAUGAACUCAUCCAGACUCAAUGCAGUUCAACUAACGUAUAUCAUCAGCCAAUGUGACCGUAGAGGGGGCCUGCAGCAAAAGCGGCGUAGCACAACUGUGCGUCUGAAUACUCUAUACAAAUCUCACGGGUUGUUUGGAUGCUAUUAUUGGCAAUUUUUGGCUUCCGGUCUUUCGUGCUUCCGUGGACAUUCACUACUCUUUUGCUUCGGAUUGAAAAUUCAUUUUCGCUUUUUUAUGCUCGCAACCCGUUACCACUUUUUACAACACGCUUAACCCUAGUUUUCAGUAGUCCUACAACUCCACAAAUUUGACCUGCCGAUUGUUUAUUUGGGAAACAUUUGCUCUUUAUGUCCUCGAUUUAAUUAUUGAAAUUAACCCAGAUACAUGUACGCUAAGUGGAUGGGCUUGCAACUGAGUGUAGGGUCGAUCAAGAGACUGGUCUAAGCAGGGGUGGUUUUGCUGAGAUUUAGGCAGAGAUUCUUUGUCUGGGCAAACAAACGAUCUGAAAUUCCAAGUCUCCCUCAUGAAGUGGUCCUUCUCAAGCCAGUUUUUGCAUCGUACUUCUAAACUGCUUAAUCAGGCGAGAACCACAGCGCAUUCGUCGUUGCCCAAUCAGCCUUUGAUAAUAGAACUAUUCUGGUGUACUUCCGAUUCCUGCACUUAGGUUUUCUCAUCUACACCUCAAUUAUUAUCGUGGCGGCCAUCAUAUCGAUUUUCCUGAUUGCGCCGCGUUUUGGCCAGCGGAACCCCCUCGUCUUUGUCUUCAUCAGUGGCAGCAUCGGUUCCCUUUCAGUGAUGGCCUGCAAAGGCAUUGGCCUGGGUAUCAAAGUGAGUGUUCUUCAAGCCUGCCAUUUUUUUUCUUCUUACCUGUCUCCCGCCACCUGUCCACUGCCUCCCAGAGUGAUGCCGCUUUGCGCUCAGCCUAUUUUCUGCAUGGCGAUAUCAUGUAACCUGCACAUUUUGCCCUUCUUUCCUUUCCCUCCCCUCCCGCCCCUAAUUCUUUCAAGCUGAGGAGGAUCGUGGUGGACAUCGGUCCUUUCGGUCUCCUCUGAAACUGGUUUUGGCGACCUUGUUUUGCGCCUUAAAUAUGAUUAGCACCGAGCCAACGUCGUUUCUAGGCAGACAGACAUCUUUCUAGUGUUGUUUUGUUCAUUCCAGGUCUCUCGGGUGGGACGUCACUGCAUUUGCACCUGUCGGCACAAACCUUGCAAGACCUCAUUACGUCUUCUGCAUCCCCCCGUUGAUGUUGGCGCUUUGCUAAGAGGAAGUCGAGGCCACCAGCGGUUAAUUUUUAUUACUUGAAACCUGUUCCGGGUCCCGUGUCUGACGAUGCCGACUGACGAGUCGUGUAUGCCUCAACGCAUGCGGAGUGUUAAUUGCUACUCGCAAUGACGCCGCCUGCGAGGGCGCUAAUCUUGGCUCCAGUAUGCAACGCAGCGACUGCACUUUGUUCAGGCAGCGGACCACAUCAAUAAGGAAUACUACCGCGUGAUACGACUACGCUCAGUCGCAGCCGGCAGGGUAUGAACUUAUACCUAGUGGGCAGCGCCUCCAGUCACAUACAUGAACACCAGCUGGUGGUGAGAAAUCGAGAUCAUAUAUCCCAGCUGUUCAUGCACACACUGGACAGGCGCCACGCAUUUGCAUGGGGGAAAACCCCAAACAUCGGCACCUACCAGACGAAGAAGACCGCACAGUCCUGGAGGCAGUGCACCCAGAUGAGAUAUGCAUUAAUAGACUGCUGAUUUAGAUACCGUGUACAAAAUUCCCAAUGGCAAGUGGGGACACGCAUAGUCAAUCCAGUCUGGGCGACAGGAUGCAAAGAGAGUGCACUGACGCAAUCUUUAGCCAUGUUUUUAAGACACGGUUAAAAAGUUAGCUGUUGCCCUUAUUUCUGGCGACGAGCUAGGAGGCAGCCACAAAAGUCUGCACAAUAAGCAAACUUCUUCGUCGCACAGCAACUAAUAAUAUAUGUUGAUAAGGUGAUACCGACAAAGACAAGGGAGACUGGAAUGGCCAUUUCUGGCUUAUUAGCCGUCAUCAGCCAGUCAUACCCAACCCCAAGUGUGGAUCACUUGAGAUUCGAACCCGGGAUCUUUGGUUAUGGAGUUUGACGCUCUACCAUUGAGCCAUAUAUAUAUAUAUAUAUAUAUAUAUAUAAUGGUAGGGGGCGCUCACCGAUCGUUCAUACGGAACUCACUCGUUCCGUUGUGCCUUAAGGGCUCUCUCUCGAGUCCAACCAGCAGCCGCACAGCGGCGCAUGAUAUAUAGGCAGAAUGGUAUUACCGACAAAGACCAGGGAGACUGGAAUGGUCAUUUCUGGCUUAUUAGCCGUCGUCAGUCAGCCAUACCCAAGCCCGAAGUGUGGAACACCCGAGCCUCGCACUCGCGACCUGUUGGUUUAGAAGUCCACGCCUCUCAUAUGCGCUUCCUUGCGUUCACCUACUGUUAUUUUAUUUCCCAUCUAAAAGACGGUUUUUCACCGGAUUCCAAUCCUUCUCCGUUUCCUAUUGCCAACUUCUCAUUUUGAAGGAACUUGUUCGCUCCCUCGAUCGAGAUUAACUUUUUUGUUCGUUUUUCCCUAUUGCAUUCAAUGAUCGCAUCAUCGUCUGAGAUCCUGCUUUGCCUAAGUGUAAUGAGCUUUGGUGGGUUACGGAAGACCUGCUGUGGUUGGUUUGUGGUUGUUAAGCAAUCAAUCUGCUGCCGCCCAAUGUACACAGUUCGAUUGCCUUUCUCGUAGUUUACUUCGGUGUUUCCGUUUAGUUUUAUUCGCGCUAUUUCGUAAACUAUAUUCGCGUCUACACAGACGUAUCGCCCCAAAACAUGACCAAUUUUGCGUCUUCCCCUUCGCAUUUCGGUUGUUGGACCUGCAGGAAUCAGAUGUCCGGGAGUCAAACCUUGUGAGAUCAGGCACAAGUCUAGCCUCAGAAAACAGUACUAACGAUAUUAUAUAGCGCUGGCCAGCCGUUUGCAUCGUCACCGGUCGACGGUUCGGACGGCGCCCGCAUAAUCAGUGUCACUUAUGUUUUUUAUCCCUUCGCCCAUUUCCCCUCAAAUUAUACUACUCUGGUUCAGCCCCAGCCUCUGGUGUGCGGCUGAGAGGGCCUCGCAGUUGUCAAUCAAUAGUGGAAUCGUCUGCUCGUCAUAAAACUAUUCGCUUGAUGCUUGCCUUCACCACCUCGCAGAAUAAUGGCAUGCCCGGAUCCUUCUAAGUGUCACACCAUCCCAGAACAUCGAUCUACUUUCCCCGUUGUCUUGAACUGCGUGUACCUGCUUGUUUCUAGUCACUCGUUAAUGUGUCUAACGUAACUGGCCUUUCACGAGUUAGGUGGGACUCGGCAAACCACCCAAGUCGUUUUGCCUCUUGGCAUAGGCCCUUUUGAUCUCAUAUUUUGUCGCUAGGUUGCACCCUCCGUGGAUAAGUGGUAGACAGUCAAGGGCUCUCAUUAUUUUACGUCUGUAGCCCCCUGUCGAACUCAUCUUUCCUCUCACCGACAUUUCAGUCCAACUUUAGGAAGACUUGACUUAAUGUUGGCGGAAAUUCGCGUUUAUUUUGAAUAGAUGUACACGGGUACCCACGUUGACACUUAUUAGCAAGGUAUUUCACUCUAGUGUUUUUCCUCUUCUAUGUCUUUAACCGCGUGCAACUUUCUUCCCAGGAAGCUGUUGAACACGGCAUUCUAACAAUCUGCACACAGUGGGUCUUUUGGUUCUUUCUGCUGAGCCUAACCUUCUGCCUGUCGGUUCAACUCAACUAUCUAAAUCGUGCAUUGGAUAUCUUCAACACAAGUGUCGUCACACCUCUGCUCUACGUCUUCUUUACCGCAUUUGUUCUAAUCGCCUCGGCUAUCCUCUUCAAGGAGGGCAAUACUCUCACACCACUGGACUACAUCGGAAAUGCCGUCGGGCUGACCUGCAUAGUCAGUGGCAUCGCCCUAUUGACCCUCUUUAAGGUGAGUUCUUUUUUGGCUGUCCACUUAGAUUGCUUUUUGAGUUACUUAUUUUCGGCCUCGAACGAACACUGCUCAGGCGGUAUUGGGGUUCAGGGGUUUUUCAGACAAUUCGCAUCCACACCAGAUUGGUUUACAAGUGGAGGCCUUUCAUGGGCCGUGCUGAAGAUGAUACAGAGGUGUUGGGAUAGAUUUUCACUGACUCUAACCAUGUGUUAGAAGUGGAGAUAGAUUGGAGAGAUGAGUUCGUAACUACUGAUUGAAAGCCGGCUAUUCCUGCGCCUGUGAGAGCGAAAAGAGAUAAGGCAAGGCCCGAGAACAACUGUGGCUGCCAACUCUGACAUCGUGACUUUCAUGCGGUUUCCAAAGGAAAAAUUCGGGUUCCAGGCCGAAUGCAGGCACACUAAAUAGUCGUUCUGUGGCUUAUCUCCAUUUUACACUGGUUACCAGCAGUUGAUUUCCGCUUGCUUUGUUUAACUUUGCCGUGACAUUUAUUUGGCCUCACCGUCAGCAACUGCGGCUGAUAAUGGAACUUGGCGGAGUGCCGGCAAAUGCUUUUGCCUGCUAUCUCUUUACCAAAGCUCUUAUUCUUGUUUGCAGAACCCUUGCGUGACUGCUCGAUAUUCGGUUCUGCGCCUGAGAAGUAUGUAUUUCGCCAAUCAUCCCAUUUACCUUUGACAUUGAUUGAAGUCCUGUGGGAUUUUGGCCGUCAACCUUAUACCACGACACCAGCUGGCCAACCUCAACUCUGUUGAUGAUAUCGCCCUGCCAGUGUCAAGCUGUCAUAACCUGCGAGAUCGGCUCCCUCCCUUGACCAGCUGUAGUCAAACGCACCGCUCCCGGUGGGGCGUGGUAGCUCAGGUGAUUAGAGUGUUGGCUGUUCGCCAAUGGAAGCCAAGAGACGAGUCCCGGGAAGCAAUCCUGAAAAGGAGGCACGAUUGCUGAGACAAAAGCCUGAUUCGUCUGACGUUUCAGAUUCUUGCUUGGCUGUUCUCAAGCUUUGUCCUCGCCAUUGUGGGUACCAAUUCCACCGAGGCCGCCCGAGUCUUUCACAAUUGGAUCAAACAGACUGCCGAGGUUGUUUGGAGACGUCCGAUGCCGCCACCCCGUGAACUCCGCGCUGCCAUAGCUCUAACGGCACCUCAUAAAUUAAGAUGA